GUUGGAAUAUCCCCAUAAAAUAUGGAUGGAUCAGCGGACGCCAACAUGGAAAAGAACUGCCGCGCCUGCGCCGGACACUCGACGAUACUGGUGGACCUCUUCUCAACGGAGAUCUCUGAUCCCCCAAUUUGGGAUAUGCUAAACUCCAUUCUGACCGAGAACUGCCGCGUCAAUCGGGAUGCACUGCCUCAGAAGAUCUGCCCCUCCUGCCUUGUGGCCGCCCAAAACGCCUACCACUUCAAGCACAAGUGCGAGCAGAGUUUCCAGUACUUUUCCCACCUGCUCCUCCUGGAAAAAUACGGCUCAAAAACUCGUGGCAGGAGAGGGGAGAAGGGUCGAUCACUAGCCUUCGAGAUGGUAGGCUGUGAGGAUCCACUGGACACAAAUGAAAUGGCAGAUUCAGGGAAGGAGCAGGAUCGACUUGAAGUAAAAACGGAUUACGAUUCCGAGUUGACAGAGGGAUUGCCAAAUAAAGGACCGGAUAGUCCACCGUUGCAAGAAGUUUUUGAAAUAACACUAAGUGAAAACAUAAAAACGGAGGAAGAGAUCUCCAACGGCGAGACAUUCGAGGAUGCCUUUCAACAAGACGAUGAUGAUGAUGAUGUUAUAAAUGAAAGUGAAGACGAUUCAGAUGAAUGGUCAGGUGGCUGGACGGACGACCAAGAAGAACCCUGGGUACCCGGUGAUUUGGACUCCAAAAAGGUUGCCAAAGGGAAUCAAUCCCUGCUUUGCACCGAGUGUGGCCUGACCUGCAAGACGCACAAGUCACUGGCGAGCCACAUUGCCCGGCACAAGGAGCAGGAGGAUCCAAAAAAGCUGCACCUGUGCGACUUCUGCGGCAGGGGAUUCCGAACUAACGCCCAGUUGACAGUCCACAGGCGCAGGCACACCGGAGAUCGUCCUUUUCAGUGCCCCCUCUGCCCGAAGGCCUAUACCCACGGGCCGACUCUCAAGACGCACAUGCUGACCCACGACGAGAACAAGGCUUUCAAGUGCCCGCAGUGCGAUAAGACCUUUUAUACGAGCUCAAACCUGAGGGCCCAUCAGCAGUGGCACACGGGCGAGCGACCAUAUAAGUGUACAAUUUGUUCACGGUCCUUCACCAAGAACUCCGGCCUUAAGUUGCACAGUCGGCUGCACAAGGAGGACCGGCCCUUCAAGUGCGAGCUCUGCGGCAAGGGAUUUGUCCAGAGCCAGCACCUGGUCACCCACCUGCGGGUCCACAACGAGGAUCGCCAAUUCAAGUGUCCCGAGUGCGACAAGUCGUUCUUCGAGAAAUCCAACAUGAAGAAGCAUCACCGAACGCACUCGGGCGAGAAGCCUUUCAAAUGCGAGGAGUGCGGCGCCGCCUUCUCGCACAACCAUCACCUAAAGAGCCACCUACGCAUCCACACCGGAGAGAAGCCCUACAAGUGCGACCAGUGCGGCAAGGGUUUCUGUGCGAAUCAGUCUCUGGCGAAGCACAUCCUUUGGCAUGUGGAAGUCAAAGAUCGCCCGUUCAAAUGCCCUCAGUGUCCCAAAGCUUUUGACACUCUGCAAAGUUUACGGGGCCACGGCAAAGCGCACAGGUUGCCGAAAGAGCCGCCAGAGCUGCUCAAAUGCCCGCACUGCGAAGUCAAUUUUGCGCUAAAGAAGACUCUGGACAAGCAUAUUAGUAGCCACAAGAUUCGGCCCCACCAAUGCCCGCAUUGUCCAGAAGGAUUUUUCUCCCAAAAAAGCUACAAAAGACACGCGAGAGUGCACAACCAAAAAAAUAAAAGUUAAAUUUGUGUUUUGGGAACACACACACAUGCAAUCGAACUUCAAAAUAUCAUCAUGCUACCCUAUCAUGUUCAAAGCAACUUAAAUUCAUAGAAAAAAUUGCAAUUGUACCAUUAACUUACUAUAAGUUUUAGAAAGUAUUUGUUAUAAAUACGCCUAAGAAUCUGUUUGAAUUGAUUAUUAAAUAUUAAUAAUUUUAGUA